CACACACCCACUAUAUAAACAAACAAACCCUCUCUCUCUCUCAGAGUAAAAACCCAACUGGCUUUGCGUGAAUCAGCAGCAAACAUACACAAUGAGGCUCAGCAACAACCUGGUGGGGUUCCUCAACUUCCUGACCUUCCUGCUCUCCAUCCCGAUGGUCGUCGCCGGCGUAUGGCUCAGCAAGCAAGGCGCCACCGAGUGCGAGAAGUUCCUCGACAAGCCGGUCAUCAUUCUCGGCGUCUUCCUCAUGCUGGUCUCCCUCGCCGGCUUCAUCGGCGCCUGCUUCCGCGUCUCGUGGCUCCUCUGGGUCUACCUCCUAGUCAUGUUCCUCCUCAUCGUCGUCCUCUUCGGCUACACCAUCUUCGCCUUCGCCAUCACCAACAAGGGCGCCGGCAACGUCCUCUCCGGCAAAGGCUACAAGGAGUACAAGCUCGGCGACUACUCUCACUGGCUCCAGAAGAGAGUCAACAGCACCAAGAACUGGAACAAGAUCAAGAGCUGCCUCAUUGAUAGCAAGGUCUGCUCCAAUUUCCAGGACAAGUAUCUCAAUGAUACUCUCACCGAGUUCUACGAAGAGAACCUCUCUGCGCUUCAGUCCGGCUGCUGUAAGCCAUCAGAUGACUGUGGUUUUGCCUAUGUAAGUCCCACAGUCUGGACCAAGAAUGCUACUUCUUCUACUGUCAACCCUGACUGCAAUGAAUGGGAUAAUGAUGCAAAGGCUCUGUGCUUCAAUUGCCAGUCAUGCAAGGCUGGACUGCUUGACAAUCUGAAAAGUAACUGGAAAAAGACGGCUGUUGUCAAUAUUGUCUUCCUUAUCUUCCUCAUCGUUGUGUAUUCCGUAGGGUGCUGUGCAUUCAGGAACAACAGGAGGGACAAUGAAUAUUAUAAGCAGUAAAUAAAUAUUGGAAGCAGCGGUAAUAAGUUGGAUUGGAUGUAAAGAGUAGUUGGCAACUUUCUCUUAUUACUGAUGGAAACCUAUGUCCUAUUGACCAUUUCACGGUGUUAAUUCCUUGUAAAGUCUUUCGUCAUCGUUGAUGUUUAGAUGGGUUUAACUGGCGUAGCUUAUGAAUAUGUUUCUCUGCUGCUACUAUUUUGUGCUAGACUGCCUUAUCUUCUAUGACAUUGUCUUUUUUUUUUUUGGA